AUGGUGGUGGUGAAUGUCACGACGGCGCAGUGCGUGAAGGGGAAUGCAUGGGUAACUUGGAAAGGAUUGAUGAUAGUGCUGGAAAUGCAUUCAACUAGGACAUCAUGCUAUGAUCCCGCCGGAUCUCACGAAAAUCCGGUUCACUUGGUUCAGUUUUCAGUUCCAGAGAAUUCAAUGGCAACUAAGAAAUGGUUAAACAUAGUAGUUGAUGGAAACUCAGCCUUAAGUCCUUAUUGGCCCAACAUUUUCUCAGACUGUCUCCAAAAUAUUGUCAGGACCUUCUUUAACGAGUCAAGAGAAGAGUUUCAAUCCUGCAAGACAAAUCAUCUUGCCUUACCAUGCAUUUUAGAGGGAGCUAAUAAUGUAGAAUGUGAGGUAGCUCUGGUCAUGUAUAAUGCCAACUCCGAUUUUGGGUUGGACUUACAAUGUAUCCAUUGGACAAGAGAGGUGAAUUACUUUUUAGCUAUGUUAUCAUCCUUAGUCUUCAAUGGGAAUGAUGAAAAUCAACGCACCAUGGUACAAGGUCUUGCAGAGGCUCUAGCGAUGUUUCCAAGGCCAUCUAAUAUCAUGACGACUGAGGAAUACUACAAUGGAAGAAGGCAUUGUAUUCUUGUAGCAGCUAGAGACCCCAUUCCUACGAGAAUGCCAAUCUCUGUGCCUCAGAUUAACCAAGGAAGAACUAUUGGCACACAACUACAUACUUUAAAUGCUGAUUUUUACGAGGUGGCAGAAAUGUUUUGCACACUAGCAGCAUCCCUUUCAAUAAUAUCUCCAGUGCAACAUCCAAUCUUUGAAGUGAUAUUCAAUAUGGGAAAUAAUGGUUCUCCUCUGUCAAACCCUCCAAUCUCUAAUAUGAGAAUUGGCCAAUUGAAUGUUUUCUUGUCAAGAAAUUUUAAGGAGGCACAUGAUGCUCUUCGUGGGAAAAGAAGAAUGGAUGCAGACAGAAAAGAAAGUCAAUAUGUGCCAGGUGAUUUGAAACACCCUUCUUUUCAUCUUGGUUUGAUAUUUUCAGAAGACCUAUUCUCAGCUGUUAACAUGGUGGUGACUGGAGAGCCAAUCAUUGAAGCUGCCAAAGAUUUUAUGCUUGAGUCUCUAAACCCACUGUCCCUGGCUGUCCCAAACGCCUCACCCAGUGCAGUUGUAUCCACAACACCAACUUCAACAACUGGAGAGGAUCAGGAAGAAAUAGGCAAGCGUGUAGUUGAAGGCAGCUCAGAAACCUAUUUAAUAAGCACAUCAUUUGGAGAAGGCAUGGUUGUUCCAAGGGGUGCUUCACCUACUGACAACUCCAUGUUCCUUCAUUCAAGAGGAAACAUAUUUAAUACUCAACCAUACUUAGCAACACCAAUUCUUCCUUAUGCCAGUAAUAGUAGUAUUCGUCCACGUCUUCCAUUCCUGGUAGCUGGGUUUGAUCUAUAUGGUAGACCUGUGUUUGGACCAAGCACUGGGGUUCCACUUGCACCCAUAACACCUCAAUUUAAUCCCAGUGAUUUUUGGCCUCCUCCACCAUUUUCUACAUAUUCUCAAAACUUCGUCCAAGCCUGGCAGGUGAGCUGA